AUGUUUUGUGCACACAAGAAUUCAUAUCUUCAGCUGCAAACGAGCGUGAAUCCGAUGCUGGUGAACAAGGCUGUUCGCCGCGCUAUGAGGAAGACGCAGUUUGAUCCUCAUGAUGAAAUCCCACCAGCUCAAAGAUUAGCGUCGAUGCAGCCAUCUCUAUACGCGCCCUGUACUGACAUCACUCGAGGGCGCAUGGGGUUCGAGCGUCUCGGCCUCCGCAUCCUAAAUAAAAAUAUCACUUCUGAAGAUAAUGCCAUUAAAGUGCAGGCGAUUCAUACUUUGAAGGAUCAGGUUCAAAUAUCAGAGAACGCGUUGUUCCUCAUCAACCUGAACGUCGUAUACAAACUAAUAGAUUUGCUGACGGAUCCCGACCCCAUCGUCAAGGAGAAGGUGUGUUUAAUCCUUUCACAACUCACAAACUACUAUCAAGGCAGGAAACGAAUCUUAGCUCGACCGGUUGCCAUAGACCGCCUGACGUUCCUGUGCAUGCGAGAACGAAAAGAACUCAGAUAUGCCGCAGCGUUCUGUCUAAGGAACCUUGCAAGAUACUCUGCAGAAGACAUGAUAAAAAACGACAAACUAGUCGAGAGUCUCAUUAAAAUGAUUAAAAACGACCACGAAGGCAUCGUCUUGUUACACAUAGAAACCCUUAAGAAAUUGGCAGAAUGGGAUCCCGAGAAACCGCUAAAAGCGCACGCGUUUAAAGUCAUGCUGAAGCUGAUGUCUUAUCGUCACGAUAGAAUAAAAGAGGCUGCAAUGGACUGCAUGAGGCAACUGUGUAAACAUAGCGUGGGGCAAAAACUGGCAGACAAAUAUGACUUGACACAUUUACUGUUAAUGCACCUAGAGUCAGAAGAUGUACAAGUCAUUAUCAGCGCUCUUGGUCUCAUGGAGUACACAUCAGUAACAUCGAUGUCAAAAUGGCGAGGCAAAGAGUUCGUUUACGACUUGACUACCUUAUUGGUCGUCCUGUGUGUGACACACGACAUCCCCGUGCUGCAAAUAAGGGCCAUGCAAACCCUGAUUAACUUGUGUGACAGUCCAGACAUAAGGAACUUUGUGAAAAAUAAUUUAGAAAAGCAGAUAGUCAAAGGUAUAAAGAUUAGGAAGCCUGAACAAUGGGAUGGUACUACUGAGACGGAUAAUUAUGGACUGGAAACAGGCCGUAACUACCGGUCAAGGUACACACCUAAAGUGGAGACUAUCAAAAAUGACCAAAACGACCACGGCGAAAUGGUUAAUGUGCCAAAUUAUUUGACGCGAGUCAAGACAACGAAGGAUCAUCUGCUUAGAAUAUUGAAAUAUAAAUCGUAUAAAGAAAGCGAUAAAGUAUAA